UUAUAUAAACAUGUAUAUAUAUUUAAUAUUUUGUAACAGUUAAUGAUAUAAAUUAAGUAUAAACUAUGAUAAGAAAACCGACACAGUAAAUAUGUAAGAUGUGUGUAUGUGGAUUCCAUGUAAAACAGAUAAGGCCCGAGGCGGGUUUAUACCUUAGCCAAUCAGCGUUGACUUUACUAAUCGCCUAGUUUGUGCUGCCGAACUUUUCAAGGUAUGGUGCCUUCUCACGGGUCGUAAAUUGAAGCUAUAUAUAAUUUGGUAUCGCGAAACAAAGUUCAUCUCAGUACAUCUUCACUGAACGUAAACAUGUCUGGUCGUGGUAAAGGAGGAAAAGGUCUUGGAAAGGGGGGCGCCAAGCGUCACAGGAAAGUUCUUCGAGACAACAUCCAGGGUAUCACCAAGCCUGCCAUCCGUCGUCUUGCACGUAGAGGUGGAGUUAAACGUAUCUCUGGACUCAUCUACGAGGAAACCCGUGGUGUCUUGAAAGUCUUCCUCGAGAACGUCAUCCGUGAUGCAGUCACAUACACAGAGCAUGCCAAGAGAAAGACCGUCACAGCCAUGGACGUUGUCUACGCUCUGAAGAGACAGGGACGCACCCUCUACGGAUUCGGCGGUUAAACUGCCACUCCUGUGUGCUUGCAGCACUGACA